UUGACUUCGGUGAUCUCGUUAUCAUACAAUAGAUUUUAAAAUGGCUGUAGAUACCAACCAAUGGUGAAAUAAACUAAAUAUAUUUUAUAUUGUUCUAUCAAUCGGUGAUGUAUUGGUGUUAUGUUUCACAAAACCAAUGAACCAAAACCGAAACUAAACCGUAAAUCAAACCUAUGUAAACCGGCUUUUCAGACGUAUCCCUACACCACAUCAAGUUGAACUAGUAACGAUACACUUGAAGUCACUCUUUACGAGCAAGAAGAUGAUGAAGAUGAAGACGGUUCUUGUAAUCAUAAACUGUAUUAUAUUGGCGAUAGGAAACUGUGGAGGCCCUCUAAUGACGCGUCUCUACUUCAGAAACGGUGGCAAACGAAUCUGGUUCUCAAGCUUCCUCCAAACCUCAGGUUGCCCCAUCAUCCUCCUCCCUCUCCUCUUCUCCUUCCUCACCCGUCACCGUAAACAAGAACAAGAAGAUACGAAGACUACACUCUUCCUCAUCAAACCUCCUCUGUUCCUCGCCUCUGUUGUGUUCGGUCUCCUCAUCGGCUUCGACAACUACCUCUACGCUUACGGCUUAGCUUACCUCCCCGUCUCCACCUCCUCUCUCAUCAUCUCCUCUCAGCUAGCCUUCACCGCUCUCUUCGCCUUCUUCAUGGUGAAGCAAAGGUUCACGCCUUUCACUAUAAACGCCGUCGUUUUGCUCACUCUCGGCGCCGGAAGCCUUGCUCUUCACGCGGACGGUGACAAGCUCCCCAAGGAGACGCGCAAGGAGUAUAUAGUUGGGUUUGCUAUGACGGUCGCUGCAGCUGUUCUCUACGCGUUUGUGUUGCCGCUUGUGGAGCUUACUUACAAGAAAGCUAGUCAGAGGAUCAGCUACACGCUUGUGCUUGAGAUGCAGUUGGUCUUGUGCGUGGUGGCCACUUGCUUCUGUCUCGUUGGGAUGCUAGCUGAUGGGGACUUCAAGAAUCAAGAAUUUGACUUUUUGUUCAUCGUGCAGGAGUUAAGAAGAGAAGCGAGAGAGUUUAAGUAUUACUGUGUGGUGGUUGCGUUCACGGCUGUUAUCUGGCAAGGCUUUUUCUUGGGGUCUAUUGGGAUGAUCUUCUGCGCUUCGUCUCUCGUCUCUGGAGUUUUGAUCAGUGCUCUGCUUCCGUUGACAGAGGUCUUGGCUGUACUUUUCUUCCGGGAGAAGUUCCAGGCGGAGAAAGGUGUCUCUCUGUUUCUCUCCCUUUGGGGGUUUGUUUCUUACUUCUAUGGAAAGAUUCAGUCCGAGAAGGAGAAGAGGACUCAGGAGGCACAACUGUCUCAGCUUCAAGUUACUGAGUCUGUAGCUUAAUAGCACCUAAUGGUCUAUGUGAUGGUUGCACUUUGGUUUGUUUGC